AUGGAUGAUACAGAGAUAACUAUUGAGAAUUCUGCUUAUGCAAAAAUUUUUAUGCAUGCUUUAAAAAAUUCCUAUGAUGAUGUAUGUGGAAUAUUAAUAGGAAAAUGUUUUGAAGAUGAGAGAGAAAAAAAAAAAUGUUUAAUAACUAAUUCUAUACCAUUAUUUCAUACUCACAUAUUAGCUCCUUUUUUAAAUUUAUCAUUUACACUGGUAGAGAAUUAUUACAAAAAUAAAGAAGAAAAAAUUAUUGGUUAUUAUCAUAUAAAUGCAGAUGAUUCAAAGAACAAUGAUAUAAAGAAUAUAAAAAUUUGUGAAUUAAUUUCAGAUAAAUUAAUAAAAAAUUAUAAAAAUGCUCUAAUUUGUUUAGUUCAAAUAUCAAAGCUAAAUAAUAGCGAUGAUAAUUGCUUAAAUAUCUAUCUGAAGAACGAUACAUCCGAAUGGAAAAAAAUUCAUAUAAAUAUUUCUAGUGAAAAUAAGGAAUUUUUAAAAAAAAAUAUUUCAAAUAAUGGAUACUUGAAUAUAUGUGAUUUUGACGAUCAUUUAAAUUGUAUUAAUUAUGAUUUUAUGAAUCCAAAUUUAUUCAAAAAGGUUUAA